ACUCUUUAAGUAUACAGAUACACACACACACACACACACGCAGACAAUAGGCCUCUGAGCUUAGACGGUUAUUUGCCACACACACACACACACAUACACAACCCUUUGAUAAACACAGAAGCCUUUAUUUUUACUUAUUUUUUUCGUUCCUCGUCCGAAUCUCUUGGUCGAAAAUUCGCGAAAGGGACGUUCUCGCUCUUUCCUCUCGCGCUCCGUCACACUCUCUCUCUCUCUCUCUCUCUCUCUCAGCCCAGAGCUACAUAGCGAAAUUCCAUGCACGACGGCGUUUUAUUUCUCUCGCUCGCGCACCUAUAAAUUCCUCGGCCGACCAUCUUUUUUUCGCCAGCAGCAGCUCCUCCCUCUCCAUGGCGCGCGCACGGCUUUUCCUCUCUGCGAGCGAGGCUCCUUUUUCCAAUUCGGAGUGUGCGAUCCGUAGAUUAGAGAAGCGUGUACAGGACGUGCGUAUUUACACGCGCGUCGCGUAUACCAUUAAUAUAGAUCUGUACCCGGUGCGCGAAGGCGAGCGUCCGGUCGCGCUUGCGUGCACAGCACGGGCCCCCAGAAAAAGCGAGAGACAAGUGCGAAUUUCCUACGGCUGACAGAUGAAUCAAUACCGUCGUCCUCUCCUCUAUCCUGCUUCUCUCUCUCCCACCCCGUCCGCUUCCUCUGCGUCUCUCUCUCUCUCUCUUGCGCGCGCGCGCGCGCGCCGAGAGCUCCCGCUUCCUCCUUCCGCACACUAUGCGCGCUAGUAUAACUACAGUGUACAAACAAAAUGGCCUCCGCGAACGCGCAUUCGGCUGCAGAUUCCGGACGACGCUCGAUUCUGGAUGCCUACUACUACAACAACAACAGCAACAGGGCGUAUCCAGUGGCCCCACACCCACCAACUGGCUUUGUUCCAGCGCAAGCACAACCUGCUGCAUAUGGCGUGCCAGGAGCCUCGCCAUAUGGGGUCUUCCCGAACCAACCACAACUUUAUGCUACUCAGGGUCCACCACCCCCAACAUAUGAUCAAACUCUUACUCAUCCGAUGAUGUACCAACCCAUGUAUGGCCAAGGUUAUCCCGGCGGAUACUUGGCAGGUUAUCCAACAGCCUAUGGACCAUUACAGUAUUACCCACCAUUAGCUGCAGCUGCAGCAUACUAUCCUACUGCAAUGCAGCCCGCUCCAGUUAGGCCAACCAUUAUGGUAUCCAAUGGAUUUGAUGGCGCAAGAUUCGAUGGAAUAUCACAACCUGUUUUGCCUCCACCUCCACCCGGCGUAGCCGCGAAUGCCGCGCAAUUGGCCGCUAUGGCAGGUCAUAGUGUUGCACUUUCGCAAAAAAAGGGGUCGUUCUUGGGAGGAGGAACAGAGGGUGGCUACACCUUUUGGUAAACUGAAUCUCUAGCCAAGAAGGUUAGCACGUCGAGAAGAGUCGAAGCUAUGCGAGCGAUAACGUUAAGAGAGAGAAAGCGAUUUAGGAAGGCAUUGAUUGUUAUUGAGAUCCGUCUAGGCAACAAAAAUUCGACUAUCUCCAAAGUCUACAUACUUUUUUCCUAUCGGGUACUAUAUCUUUGUAGAGAGGCCAUUUUUCCAGAGGAGAGAGGGUGUCUUAGUGCACAAACCGUCUGUCGACGAGCCGAAACAAGACCGUGACGCCAUACACGAAAGCUCAUUCGCUCCACGUCUUUUGCGAAGACAGGCUUUUCCAAACCCUUUCUCUGAGUAUUGAACUCUUAUUGCGAAGUCUCCCGCUUCGCCUAUAUAUACUCUCCCUCGCUCCUUUCGUUUCUGUAGUCGAGUAAAAAGCUUCACGGCCUUGUUUCUGUGCGACGGUCAGUUUAUGCGUCCACGAAUUUUUCUUAUUCCUGUGAAAAACCUUGAGUCACUUUUGUAGAAAAGACUAAAAAAAACGGACUGCUCAGUAUUAAAAAAAUUCGAGAAUAGAUAAGCUACUGUAAAGAGGAUAUUCCUGACGAUUAUAUAGGCAAUAUGAGAUCACUUGUUCAGUGAAAGAGGACAUAUUUAGACUAAGUUUAAAACGAGAGAAAGAGAGCACCUUGUAACCAGCGGAUACGCGGACUGAAAAUUUAUGGUGUUCUUGUUUUUUCAAAUAUAAACGCGAGUGAGUGUAUGCUUGCAAGUUGCAUACAUUGAAUUGUCUCUCAUCGCCUACAGGUAUCGAUAUUCGAGAAUGUGUUCUAAGCGUUUAUCUAAACGUUACUUGGCAGACUAAGCAAGAAAAGGGGGCUGCUCGCUAUAUUUUUUUUGUUUCAUCAUUUCUCUUUUAUUGAUUUUCAUUGACUGCAUAAGGCAUUUAAUCCAAAUUCAACUUGACGACGUUGCUUUAUACGAUGUAACUAAAAGACUUUACCUUGUUUCAUGGUUUACGUUAUGUUAAAAUUGAUAUUAUUAUUAUUAUUAUUAUUAUUAUUAUUAUUAUAAUUAUUAUUAUUGGAUUAUUGUUAUUUGUUAUUGUAAAAUUAAAUCACGAAUGAGGUAUGAGCAGCCCUGAAAACGAAAUGUGACAAAAAAAAUUUUGCGUGAUUAAAAAAAUAUACGGAACGUGUGAUGACUACUUAUUCCUAAAGGAAUUCAAAACCGUAAAAGAUAUUUUCUUUAGAAAUUUAUAUGAGAUCUGCAUACAUAGUUUUUAAAUUCUGAAUAACGAAAUUUACGGAUAGUUUUUACACGUUCUCAAACUUUGAAGACGCUUACCAUCCGAUUGAAGAGUACGCACCCUUUUUUAUAAGUAGUCUUUCAAGUCGUUUAAGAGUCUUUUUUUACGCAGAUUAGCUAGGUCGGCUAAAAAGUUAUUAUUUAAUUGAAAAUAAGGAAAGAAGAAUUGUUCACGGUAAAAUAUCUUGCCUCGCUGCAUCAACGGUUUCCACCAAUGUUGUUAACAUUGUGAUAAAUAUAAAUAUAUAUACAUUAUAAAUUUUAAUUGUUUCUCCCACUCAUAAUUGAUUGCUGUGGUAACACGCAAAAUUCUAUACACGAAUCUCAAAGAGGAAACUGUUUGGUUGUUAAACUCUAUAAAAGGCGAAAAAAAACGAAAAAAGAGUGCUUGGACACUUGAAGAGUACAAAUUCAUGCAUCUGGAUGGGCAAUUAUGUCGUGAGCAAUUCUUGAGUAUGAGCCAUAGCAGGCGAGUUUAAUAAAUGGAACACCGAGCGAUGCAGUAAAUUUCGUUAAACCAUCUUGUUAAUAUGCGUCGAGCAAGGGGUCGUCUCCCUCAGCGCAAGAAUCAACCGAAAUCUAGCGUGUGCCUGUUUUCCUGCAGGACCGAGGGAUUAUUCCUGCUUGAAAAUGUAAAAAAAAUAACCAGUGAAAGAACGGUGCACUGUCUUAGGGCCCUAAGAUUGCUAAACUAUCUUUCAAGCAGCUAUAAAAACGCCUGCCUCGCUCUGUGAUCAUAUAGAGAUAGCAAAGUGAAUCAGUCGAUGGAACUCUCUUAUCAGUUCUAUCUUCUCACUCACACUAAAUAUGAUAUUUAAUUAAGCAAUGAAAUCAGAGGAGCUAAUUUACAAUCGAUGAACGAUAGCCCAGAGUAGGACCAAAUGUCGCGAUUCUAUUUAGGAUUUUCAAUCGGUCGUAUCAGCGCCAAGCUUGGACAAACUUGUGGCGUCUAUUAAUUAACAAAGCGCAGCUAUCAAUGUAACUGGCGGUCGUGAUUGGGACAUGAUUUUUAUGCACAAAUGGUUUUACAGAGAAUAUCGAGCGAUUGAUUGACUAAGCUUGGUGUAUUGAUAACGAUGAAUUACAUCCUCUUUGUACCUUUUGAUUACUUUCUACCGAAACCCACCUAACGAAACUACUCAAACGUGACCGGCAUGUAACAAAUGAGAGAUGUAUGUACAGUUGGGUGGCAUGAAGAAUCUAGUCCGAUAAUUCUGACUGAUACCAACUUGGAAAAUAACGAUACCUACAUAUGGCUAUAUUUUGCUUGAUACCCAUUGCCUUUUCUUGUUUUUUUCCUUUAAAUUCGUAUCUCAGGAACAUAUGAAUUUUGGUAACAAGCAUGUUAAAAUUCGAUUUAUUUGCAAAACAACUGAUCAUUCCAUUGCGAGAUUGAUAUUUUCUUAACAGACGAACGUCACGUUUGAGAAUCCAGAAUACCAUGUCGACGGUGGUAUUCGAGUCGCCGCUUUACAAUAUAACAAACUAACAAAAUACAAAAAGCACGUGCUGACAUUAGUUAUUCCCAAAUGAUUCCCCUUGCAUGUGCUUUGCAACGAAAAUGACAAAUAUUCCAAUAAAAGCAAAUAGCACCGUGCGUUAAAAAAAAGGCAUCUAGCUUCAAAGAGGCAAAAAUUGUACAAGAGAAUUACUUUGACGAAACUUUCAAUAAGAAAAUGAAACGUAUUACGUUGAUAUUUAUAUGUAUAUUAAAUUAUUCUCGUUUUACCGAUUUAUUUGCAGAUUCAUAUUUUUUUAGAUCAAAUUUUUUGCAAUGCAUUUUGACAGAUUGUACCAAGCGGCAGUGGGAAGGUUUUAUAUCAUGGAAAAGCGUGCAAUAAACAACAUGUCUAUUGUAACAGUAAUAUAAAUUGUAUUAAUUGCAAUGGUAAAUUUGUUAUGUUAAAAAAAGCACUGGCGUGUAAACGCAGUGUAACAGUUAAUAAACAUUAUGACCAUGCA